AAAGAAACAGCCGGCUCUUAUCGUUCACUUAAAAGAGCCGGCUCUUUGAACCGGCUCGUUCUUGACCAACACAUCACUAGUUGACAUUCAGCUGGUCACCACGCAGGUCUGAAGGAGCAACAAUGGCUUUCCUAAUGACAUGUUGUACUUUAAUCGUCAACGUGUUAUGUUUACCCCUUCAUCUCAUCGAAGCGGUCGGCCUGUAUAAAAUAUACAAACGUUUUUUCCCCAUUUGUUUGUACCGGUGUUCUAAAUCGUACAACAAGAAGAUGCAUGACAAGAAGAAGGAGCUGUUUCAGAGCCUCUCCGACUUCAACAAGCCCGGCGGGCAGCAGCUCACUAUACUGGAGAUCGGCUGCGGCACUGGCACUAACUUCCAGUUUUAUCCGCCCGGUAGCAAGGUGAUCUGCACCGACCCGAACCCUCACUUCCAGAAGUAUCUGGAGAAAGGCAUGGCAGAGAACGAGCAGCUGACGUAUGAGCAGUUCUUGGUGUCGUCCGGUGAGGACAUGGGGUCAGUCGAGGGCGGGUCGGUAGACGUUGUUGUCUGCACCCUGGUGCUCUGCUCCGUCAACAACAUCCCGCAAACUCUACGGGAGGUGCACCGCAUGCUGAGACCAGGUGGAGCCUUGUUUUUCAUGGAGCAUGUUGUUGCGGACCCCUCAACUUGGACGUACUUCAUCCAGCAUGUUCUGCAGCCUGCCUGGUACUACUUCGGUGAUGGAUGUGAGCUCAUCCGGGACACAUGGAAACAUCUGGAGGCAGCUGGAUUCUCUGAACUCAAGCUGAGACACAUCCAAGCACCUCUCGUGUUCCUGGUCAAACCACACAUCGUGGGUUAUGCUGUGAAAUAAAGUCGGUCUCAUUAGCUUAAGCUUGCUUCACAACCAUGAAUAUGCCAAGCACUCGAUGCAUUCUCCUUUGUGAAAUGAUUGAUCACCAGUGAGAGAAAACGCCAGUCACUUUAAUACUGACUUUAUUUUUGUAUCGGAAAAGAAAUUGUGUUUUGUGAAGACACAUUCAUUUAACACACUGAAUAAAAAGCAUUAGAGCACACAAUACUCAUUUUAUAUGCAGUUUAAGUGAAAAAUAUAUGUUGCUUGCUGAUAAAUCAAUAUGAUACUGCCAUAGGGAGUCUGUCAGUGUUUAUGUGUGCUACUGCUAGAUUCAUUUGUACCUUUUAUGACAUGACAAUUGCAUUAAAAAUAUAUAUUUCUGCUUUUAUUAAGCUGAUUGUGUUGUGUCUCAAUGUUGGUGAUUAAAGAGUUUAAUCCUGC